AUGGAUCACUUCGUCGGUUCCUGUAUCAAUGCUACAGUUUUACCUUAUCUUGCUUCAAAAUUAUUAGGUAAAUCUACUGCUCGUGAAAAGUGGCUUCUUCUAUCUAAGAUCUUUACUCAACAAUUCUUUGCACGUAAGUCUCAACUUCGAUCUCAGUUACAUUCUAUUCGACGAGGAAAUUCUAUAGUAUUUGAUUUUCUGCAUCAAAUCAAGCAUAUUUCUGAUUCUUUGGCCGAGAUUGGAGAACCUGUUCUUGAUGAGGAUCUGGUGAUGCAAAGGCUUUCUUGUUUGGGAAGAGAUUAUGCUCAUUUCGUAAUUACUAUGCAGAACAGAGAGAUUCCUCUUCUCUUUUUUUUUGAACUCAGAUCUCGGUUGAUUCAUCAUGAGCAAUGGUUAAAAGAUCAAGAUCAAUAUUCUUUCUCGCCUCUUGUUGCAGAUCCAACUAAUUCUGCUUUCUUUGUGUGUAAGUUUUCUAAUUCUCAGAAUUCUUUUAGAUCACCUUCAGGAAACUUUACCAAGAAUUCUUCUAGUAAGUUUUCUGGAAAGAAUUUAUCAGGCAAUUCUUCCAUUUAUGUUGGUAAUGGUGGUCACUCGUUUAAGAAAAUGGAAUUUAAUCCAACACAGAAGCAAUUCGCAGAUGAAAUUCCAUACCAGAUUUGCAAUCAAACUGGUCAUUUUGCAAAUAGAUGUCGAUAUCGUUAUUUAGCUUCCAAAAAUGGUACAACUACUGCUUUACAGAAGGCUUUUGCUGGCAUAGAGAUUUCUCAACCUUCUACUUCUGCGGCUUCGACUUCAUACAGUUCUCCUACUUCUGGUAUUGGUGAAAGUAAUUCUUCUACAUGA